CACCAGCCGAGAAGGGCUGUACGAGCACUGGUGACACAUUGUGCGCGAAUACGCCAAACGAUCUCUCGCGUACGAGACAGACAAGAUGCCAGCUCUCCGAGGCCUCAUUGAGAAGUUCCAGCGCGUCAUGCAGGAUGUCGUUGGCGAAGAUACUGAUGGUAAAGACGAAUACCUGGCCGGACUCUGGCAGAACUAUUUGGUUGAAGGCCUUGCGUGGAAACCGCCGACGCCGGGAGACUUGGAGGGGUUCCUGAAAGCUACGAAACACCGGCGAAUCCUAAACAUUGGUGUGGACAGAAACGAAGACAGCGAAGCAUGGGACAAGAUCCUCGCUGAACGUAACCUCCUCGAAGACUGGCACCAGUCCGGCGGGUAUGUAGCUCCCACCUGAAGCUGGGCGCACCUACGCGGUCCAAUGUCCUAUCUAUAUUGUCGGCCCUGGGCACCGUUUAUCCCUUUCGUCGAGGUCAUGGAAGUCGACGUCGUGCCCGUCAACGCCAACGAACCGACGGGCCAGGUGUCUUCUGGUUUUGUCACGCUCGACGGGUACUUGGUUCGCGGCAUGCAGCUGGACAUCAUGUAUGGUAUCUACGAUGGCGGUGACGUCAAGG